AUGUCGAUGCGACGAUCAGGUAUUCGCACCUGCCACAUAUUCAACCACCAAGCACAAGAGAGAGGAGGACGUGAGUAUGUACCCUUUCUGAAAAAGGAUCUUUACAAUUGGAUUGGUUGCCAACGAUUAGUUCAAGAUGAAGAAGAAACUGACACUGAAGGUGCAUUACGGUACUUGGCAUGUAUGGGCCGCUCUGAUGCUGACUUUUUUGAGACACACACAAUUGAUGUAGAAAGUAGGACAAUAGUCUUUGCAGUUGCUUUGCUAUACGACGAGACCAAGGAGACAUAUACUUUGGUUUUAGAGGAAUUUCUAGAGUGCAUGAAAAACAAACCACUUCCUGUGGUGGUCACCGACGGUGAUCAUGCUAUGGCGAAAGAAAUACAAAAAGUUUUCCCAACUUCUGUUCACCGCUUGUGUGCUUGGCAUCUUCAGAAUAAUGUAACUAUUAAUGCGCCUCAUCCUGUUUUCAAGUCCAAGUUCAAUGAACUACUUUAUCAAUACUGUACCGAGGAAGAUUUCGAGGAUACAUGGAAGAGAAUGGUUUCAGAAUUCAAAUUUGAGGAUAGUCGAUGGGAAACAACUACCUACAAUAGUAGGAGGAGUUGGACAGAAUGUUUCCUAUGA